CUGACGGAACAAGACCGUGACAAUAUCCGUGUAUUCCGUCUCCGGUUUCUGAGCAAGAUGCCAUGCUCUACAUACAAUCUCAUGCGUUCUACCUUCCGUAGCCAGAUUCAUAUCACAUCUGAGUGGGUCCUCCUCCGCCGUAUAGCUUUGCUCAGUGGCAUCGAGCCGGUACGGUACGACUGUUGUACCAACUGCAUUUGCUAUCUAGGAAAGUACACAGACAUGGAUUCCUGUCCAUACUGUGGCGAAGGUCGCUACAGAGAUGGGGAUAGCGCACACAAGGCACGGCGUCACUUCUGCUAUAUACCCUUGAUCCCUCGGCUUCAGGCAUACUUCCGUUCCAUGGACAUGAUAGACCUCUUGGGAUAUAGGUCGGAACGGGACCAGGAGGGCAACCCUGACAUUAUAAGCGACAUCUUUGAUGGCGAGCAUUAUCAGAAUCUCCGUCAUACCCCUGUGGUGAUCGAUGGACAGGAGCAGGCAUACAACCACUUCUCAGAGGACACAGAUCUUGCAUUUGCAUCAUGUUCUGAUGGCUAUCUCAUAUUCUGGAGGAAACACGGUGGACCAAGUGCUACACCAUUGCUUUUACAGAAUCUCAGUCUUCCACCAUCCAUCCGUACACAUCUAGAGCAUCUUCUCUGUGUUGGGAUUAUUCCCGGCCCUCAUGCCCCAAAGGAUAUGGCUACUCCCCUGGAGGAAGAGUUCGUUCAGCUUGCACAUGGUGUCAAGACAUUCCAUGUUUCUAAAAAACACCAUUUUGAUCUGCGAGCUUAUCGAAUCCUCGAGGAAGGCGAUAUCUUGGCCAUUGAGAAGGUGCUCAACCUCAAGGGUCAUAACAGUAAGACACCUUGCCGCUCAUGCAUGAUUAAGGCAUUCCGACAUCCCCAGCAAACAAACUAUUACCCUGCACUCCAUUCACCACUAGUUGAAGGCGAGGAUGUCCAGAGCUGGGAUUCACUAGACCUGCCACUUCGCACUCAUGACAGUUAUCUAGAGGGGGUAGCGGCGGUUGAGACUGCCAAUGAGGAGUCAAAGGCGGCUGGUCUACGGAUGAAUCAAUGGUGGGGAAUAUGGGGACCACCUGCCAUUGGUCGGGUUGGUUCACUGGACUAUGCACGGUCAUUUCCCUGGGACUGGAUGCAUCUAUUUGGUCAGAACAUUAUCCCCAACUUCAUACGCUUAUGGACAGGCUGCUUCAAAGGGCUUGAUGCUGGCAUGGAGGAUUAUAUCUUUGCAGAUUCUAUUUGGCAGGCUAUUGGACAAGAGACCGAAGAUGCAGUGCAGUACAUUCCCUCAGCCUUUGUCCGCAAGAUAGGCAACAUUGCACUUGACCGCUCUGGCAUGACGGCAGAGUCCUAUGUAUUCUGGUUCAUGUACAUGGCACCCAGUCUCCUGGCAAACUGUUUCAAGCACAGAAAAUAUUACGAUCACUACAUGGAGCUUGUUGAAAUCAUGAAGUAUACACUGAAAUACCGGUACUCUCGUGCAUAUGUAACUGGAUCACUACGGAAGAAAAUUGCUCAGUGGGUACAGAAAUACGAGAACCGGUUGGCUGUCUGUGUAAUGCCUAUACAUGGUCUAUUGCACUUGGUCGACGACUUCCUCUUUUGUGGCCCUGGCUGGACCACUUGGACCUUUUUCAUGGAGCGCUUCUGUGGAAUUCUAAAGGAUUCAUUGCGGUCAAAGAGUCAGCCAUGGAGUAAUCUGAACAACCGUGCGAUACAGCUUGCAUAUUUAUCAAAGCUUGCUAUGCUUUAUUCUGUUGAUGAAGAAAUUGAGGGUGUUGACCGUGGUAUUGUCCUCUCUCAAGGUGAAAGAAUAUCCGUGUCAUACUCAGAUCCAUACACUAUCCUCUGUCCACCCUGUGUAUCACAGUUCGGUCUCGACUCUGAUGGAGAUUUGCGCAAGAAGAUUGCACAGUAUUUCCUUGAAGUUCUGAAUUUCAAUAGGAAAAAGCCCAUUACUCUUGCCCAGAUUCGGGCAAAGCUUCCAGGCACAGUGAUGCGGUGGGGAAAAGUACGCACAACUGAUGGAAGCAUGUCAAUACGGUCAGCUAUCGCAUCUCGUGUUUUCAUCUCAGGAGGCAUCCGAGAGCGUGAUUCAUCCUAUGUCAGAUAUACUUUGUCUGUUCCUAGUAACAAGCGCGCAAGACAGCGUGGAGGUGGAGAUGGUGAAGCAGACACAGUUCUACAAGUCUUCUAUGGGAGACUGGUAUAUGCAAUUGCUUGCUCCCUUCCCAAUGAAACAUUUUGGGGGUCAAUGGCUGGAACAACAAAGCUAUUAGCUCUCAUCGAGAUGUGCCAUACGGAGGGGAAGGAUGCACGGAGGGGUGUCGUGUUUUAUGACAGGACUUCGGGCCCGAACAUCACCGAUAUACAGACAAUCGAGGGAGUUGUUGGGAGGAUGAAGUGUGGACAGAAGUGGGCCAUCGUGGAGAAAGCAAGAGAUGAGGUACAGACCAUUUUUGAAAAUGGGAUCCGGGAGUAUCCAGAUGGAAAUGGAUCUGAUGUAGAAUAUGACUCAGAUUAA